GGCUGGGGCAGGUGGGGCAGGGAGGCAAGAAGGGGAUAACACACUCUUAACAUUCCACAGGGGUUAUCCCCAUUUGACUGUAACAGAGGUGAACUGCCAUGCUAAACAUGAGAACCUAGUUCAUCCCCGAUUUUUCUAUCAAACAGACUAAUAAAGCACAUGGAUUUGCUAGGUGUUAAUCCCUUGAAAAUUUCAGCCCCCUCACGCACCUUCCAGAAUUGCCUGGUUCUUUUUCUGGGCAGGUUUGAAGGGGGAAGGAUUUAACAACCCCAAGAUGCUGCUGCAGCAUCUUGGUAACUCGGUCCCAGGGCUUGUGUGCUGCGCAAGAGUUACCCUGCUGGUGACCUUCCCAAGAAAGCUCUGUACUCCUUGCAGAUGAUUUAGCAACCUCCUGAGGGAGGAGACAUGGCAGUACGGGUAUGAGGCUGGAGAGAUCUGAGCUGAGAGAAGCUGGCUGUCAGAGAGGUGAUGGGGAAAUUUAUUUUUUUUCAAGGGACCGGUCUGGAUUCGAGUCUGGAAUCUGCCCUGUCCUCUUAAGGACGAAGGCUGACAAGGGAGCUGCUCAGGUUUAAUCUGAGCAAGAGGGCAGCUAGGGAAAAGAGGAUUUCACUCCUAACCCAUUUGCUCAGGAUGUGUUGAUUUCUGCUCUGGCUCUUAUUUUUCAACCACCUAACAAAACUCCUCUAAGAAAGAUGGCGUCUGAGUUGUGAUACCGUAGUGUGGUUGUACUUAAUGUGGUUGAAAAGAGACAAAAUCAGCUUUUAGUUCAGUUUGAAGUACUUGGGAAAUGAAAAUACCAGGUUUAUGUCUGGGAGACUGUGUUCAUGUGAUACAAGGACAUAGCGAAAGCCUUUCUGAGCUGAGAGAAAAUGAAAAUACGUUUUAUGAUGUGUUUGAAAAUGUCAACCCUCUUGACUCUCUUCUCAUCAGUAGAGCUUCGUUUAAUAUUCAUCUGUGCGUCUGACCCAGCUAGGCAGGUAUAAUUCCCUAGAAAAUACUUAUUUUUCCUUCCACUUUUAGUGGAACAAAGCAAUGGCUAUUUUUGCCCUGUUUUGAUUUGGUUUGCUUCUUCAGGCUUAGGAGAGCAAUUCUCCUGACUCAGAGAUCAGAAUCCAGUUGAUAAUCUCUGCCAGCCUAUGGAACCCUCCUAAGGAUGUCAGGCUCCCACAGUAAAGAGCUUUCCAAGGUUUAAAAUUUCACCAUGGAAGACAUCAAUAGCCAGAGGAUUAGGUAGCAAAAAGCACUGUGCUCCUUCAAGCCACACCAGUUAAAAACUCUCAGUGGGCUUUUCCCCAGGGAUCUCUGGGCUACUUAAAAGAAUUCAGGGAAUGAAUUUGAAGCUACUCCACCACGUUAGAGACCAGCAACCAGCCCGUUACCGACAUCUUCCACUUCUCUGUGCUGGAUGCAGACAACAGCCAGCUGGACAGGCAGAUGUUCACCAUCACCAUCACAUCUGCCCUGGCACCGCCCGCACUCAUCGCCUUUGCCGACCACAUCACUGUGGAUGAGGGAGGCAGGGUCCUGCUGCUGGCUCAUCACCACUUGACUGCUGAUGAUGAUACUGCUGCCAGGGAGGACCUGAGGGUCACUGUGGUCACUCUGCCUGUGUAUGGCUACAUCGAAAACACCAGGACAGGCGAGAGCUUUGGCUCAUGGAGUGAGUCUACAGGGACCACAGAUGCCUCCUUUUCCCUUCAAGAUGUCUUGGAGAACAGCAUUUACUGCUUCCAGAGCGUCCAUGAAAGCACUGAGCCCACAGGUGAUGUUUUCCGCUUCUAUGUGAGUGAUGGCUUCAGCCGGUCAGAGGCGCAGAGCAUCAGCAUCACAAUCCAGCGGCAGAACGACGAGCCCCCGAAGAUGGCGCUGGAGCCUGUCCGCCUGCAGGAGGGCUCAGCCGUGGUUGUUACCAACGCCUCCCUCAGCCUGCAGGACUUGGACACCAGCAGCAGUGAGCUGGUCAUCGUGGUGAGCCAAAGUCCUGAGCAUGGCCAGCUCCGCAGAAGGCAGAGCGCGGCAGAGGCCCUGGAGCAGGGACAGGUGCUGUCCAGAGGCUCCUCCUUCACCUACCAGGACGUUCUGGAUGAGCUGAUCGUUUACACUCGGAGCGGUGCCGCAGCGCAGACGGGCGAGUUUGGCUUCUCCCUCACGGACGGGCUCUACACACGGGCGGGGAGGCUGGAAUUCUCCAUGGAGCUGCCGAGGAAGCAGCCCCCCCACGGUAGCUAUCAACAGGGACCUGCAGCUCCCAGCUGGCUCCACAGCUCGGCUCACGGCUCAGCACCUGAAGGCAGCUGCUGCUCAUUCAGGGGGCACGGCCAUCAGAUUUGUCCUGAGGAGGGACCCCAGCAGGGGCCAGCUGCAGCUGACCACAGCUGGUAGUUCAGUCCAGAUCUCUGCCAAAGGACCCCUCCAAAGUUUCACCCAGGCCGAUAUAAACAAAGGUGAGUGCAGGGUUUGAGGCAGUCACAGCAAGUGUAAAAACAAAGGCUGGUUUAGGUAGUCCCGUGAGGAGUAGGGAGCUGGACCUGAUGAUCCUUAUGGGUCCCUUCCAGUUUGGGAUAUUCCAUGAUUCUGUGAUUCUUUAUGAGAGAGGGAGGGAAAGAAGUAAGAUUAGAGCAGAACCCUGUAUCAUUGAACAGAUGUUAAAACAGCUCUCUCAGCAGGAGAAAAAGAAUAAAGAGAGAAAGUUGUGAAACCCAAAUUCUGGAGCUCUGUCAAGCCCCAGGUGCCUCAGCUGAUGGGGUCAGCCUGCUUCCAAAGUAAG